CACUGCGUCUCCCCGUCAAGCGGCGUUCUGCUCGCUACAAUUUCUCAGCACUUUGCCUUGCCCCAGCUAUUUGGUGACUGGAUUUCCUUUGCGACUCUUGGUCGCUUCCCUUCAUUGUCCUCUCAGCUCCUUCUCCCUCAACUUGGUUGGUUUUCAAGAUGCUCAAGACAUUGGUACCAAGGACGGGCCGGUCGCUCCUCUCAACGAAAGCUCCGCAUCUAGGGCCAGCAAACCUCCGAACCGCCCCCAGCUUCCAGAUCGUCUCCCAGAACCAGCAAAGAAGGAGGGGAUAUGCUUCGGAGUCGUCAGAAUACGACAUUGUGUUCGUCGGUGGCGGUGUCGCGGGCUAUGUUGGUGCAAUAAAAGCUGGCCAGUCAGGCCUGAAGACAGCAUGUAUCGAGAAGAGAGGGAGACUUGGGGGCACAUGUCUGAACGUCGGCUGCAUUCCCUCAAAAUCACUCCUCAAUAAUUCACACCUAUACCACCAAAUACUCCACGACACCAAAAAGCGAGGGAUUGACGUCAAUGAUGUCCAGCUCAACCUUACCCAAAUGAUGAAGGCCAAGGAUGAUUCUGUCCUUGGUCUGACAAAGGGUGUCGAAUUCCUCUUCAAGAAGAACAACGUCGACUACAUCAAGGGCACAGGAUCCUUUGCGGACGAACACACGAUCAAAGUCAACCUGCUCGAGGGCGGUGAGACCGAGGUCAAGGGCAAGAAUAUCGUUAUUGCUACCGGUAGCGAAUCAACACCAUUUCCCGGUCUGACGAUCGAUGAAAAGAAAGUCAUCACCAGCACAGGUGCUAUUGCUCUGGAAGAAGUGCCCAAGAAGAUGGUGGUGAUUGGCGGUGGUAUUAUUGGCUUGGAAAUGGCCUCAGUAUGGUCUCGCCUCGGCUCCGAAGUCACCGUCGUCGAAUUCCUUGGCCAAAUCGGCGGCCCCGGCAUGGAUGCGGAAGUUGCCAAACAAGCGCAAAAGAUCCUUAGCAAGCAAGGUAUCAAAUUCAAGGUUAAUACAAAAGUUACUCAGGGCGACGCCAGCGGCGAGGGUGUCAAAAUUGCCGUCGAAGCUGCAAAAGGUGGCAAGAACGAAUCUCUAGAUGCUGAUGUUGUGCUCGUGGCUAUCGGGCGUCGACCUUACACCGAAGGCUUGGGUAUUGAAAACAUUGGUAUCGAAAUGGAUGAGCGCAAACGGAUAGUCAUCGACCAAGAAUACCGAACCAAGAUUCCGCACAUCCGAUGCAUUGGCGACGUCACCUUCGGACCCAUGCUCGCGCACAAAGCCGAAGAAGAAGGGGUUGCCUGCGUCGAGUACAUCACCAAGGGCUAUGGACAUGUCAACUACGGUGCCAUCCCAUCUGUCAUGUACACGCACCCUGAAGUUGCGUGGGUCGGCCAGAACGAAGGCGAGCUGAAAGCCGCGGGUGUCAAAUACAAAGUGGGCACUUUCCCCUUCACCGCCAACUCGCGUGCCAAAACCAACCUGGACACCGAAGGGUUUGUGAAGUUCCUCAGCGACGCGGAAACAGAUAGGAUCUUGGGCAUCCACAUCAUUGGGCCGAACGCCGGGGAGAUGAUCGCGGAGGGCACAUUAGCGCUUGAAUAUGGCGCGAGCAGUGAGGAUGUGGCGAGGACAUGCCACGCUCACCCAACCCUUGCUGAGGCAUUCAAGGAGGCGGCCAUGGCCACAUAUAGCCAGGCCAUCCAUUUCUAAGCCUCCGGUCAAGGGCACGAGGAGAUGUGUGUGUGUUGUGGCCGAGACGUUGGGGCAUUAUCAAAUCUGUGAUCGUUGAAGAGAGCGUGUCUGGGACAAGCAGGGAAUUUGGGCAGCAAACAAGCAUUGUACUUAAACCUAGGCAUGUAAAAAACCACUCGGAGUCCCUCCUGAUGGGACUCACUCCAGCUGUUAGCCUCCCCUUUGGAAAAGCCCCUGUUUGGCGGCUCUGCACCGGGCUCUUCGGGUUGGAUUCAUACAUAUAAUAAUACCGAGUAGCUACCUGGUACUCAGCCAUAUGAACAGGGAGGAGGGUGGAGCUACUCAGCGCGGAUAAGUCUCGCCGAGUGACGUCGCUGUUUGUCAAUGAGAGUCCUAUGUGUCUAAGUACCAG